CCAUUCACAUGGCUCUCCAUGCAUACAUUAUUUAUAAAUUGAAAAAUAGUUUUUUCUGAAAACUUUUCCCUAAACUAUAGUUACUGGUAACCUGUGAUAUUUGAUCUCUUUUAUUUUAAAAAUGGACGGUGGAUUUCUGUCACGCAAAGUGAAGUCCGAGGCGAGGUUUGACGCGCGACAGAUGAGGCCGACGCCCGGGAACAUGAACGGAGCUGGCGGCUGGCUCGGGAACAGGAGGAGCGAGACCGCGAUGAGUCCGCCGGUGAACAAAAGUGGCGCCGCGCUCGGCGGAGUGAAGCAGUCGCUGAGCGGCAGCGGAGGCAAGUGCACGUCAGACAUGGAGCGAGACCGCCUGGGACUGUGGGGCAUCGGCGACGGCCAGAGCGUCAGCCGCCUGUCCGGCCUCGACCGCCUCAAGCACCCCGGACUCAACAAGGGCAUGGCGUUCUCCAUCGAGGAGCGCCAGACGCUGGGCAUCCACGGGCUGCUGCCGGCGCGCGUGAAGACGCAGGAGGAGCAGGUGCAGCUGUGCAAGCUGUCCAUCGAGCGGUACGAGGACCCGCUCAACAAGUACAUCUAUCUCAUGGGCCUGUUGGACCGCAACGAGCAUCUGUUCUACCGCUUCGUGGGCGAGAACGUGGCGGACAUGAUGCCCAUCGUGUACACGCCGACCGUGGGGCUCGCGUGCCAGAAGUACGGGCUGGUGUACCGCCGCCCCCGGGGACUCUUCAUCACUAUUAAUGACAAGGGACACGUCUACGACAUCUUGAAGAACUGGCCCGAGACAGACGUGCGCGCGAUCGUGGUGACGGACGGCGAGCGCAUCCUCGGGCUCGGGGACCUGGGCGCGUGCGGCAUGGGCAUCCCCGUGGGCAAGCUGGCGCUGUACACCGCGCUCGCCGGCAUCAAGCCACACCAGUGCCUGCCCAUCACCAUCGACGUGGGCACCAACACCAAGGCGAUGCUAGACGACCCGCUGUACAUCGGGCUGCGGCACCGGCGCGUGACGGGCGCCGCCUACGACGAGCUCAUCGACGAGUUCAUGACCGCCGUCGUGCGCCGCUACGGACAGAACUGCCUCAUACAGUUCGAGGACUUUGGGAAUGCUAACGCCUUCCGGCUUCUGGAGAAGUACCGCGGCAAAUACUGCACGUUCAACGACGACAUCCAGGGCACGGCGGCGGUGGCGGUGGCGGGGCUGCUGGCCAGCCUGCGCGUCACCGGCAAGAAGCUCUCCGACAACACCAUCGUGUUCCAGGGAGCCGGCGAGGCGUCCCUCGGCAUCGCGGAGCUGUGCGUGAUGGCGAUGAAGGCGGAGGGCACGGCCGACGCGGACGCGCGCCGCAAGAUCUGGAUGGUGGACUCCAAGGGGCUGAUCGUGAAGAACCGGCCCGAGGGCGGCGUCAACGAGCACAAGGCCAAGCUGGCGCAGGACCACGCGCCGGUGAAGACGUUGGCCGAGGUCGUCGAUGUUGCCAAGCCGUCGGUGCUCAUUGGCGCGGCGGCGAUCGGGGGCGCGUUCACGCCGGCCAUCCUGCAGCGCAUGGGCGAGCUGAACGACAAGCCCGUGAUCUUCGCGCUCUCCAACCCCACCAGCAAGGCCGAGUGCACCGCCGAGGCCGCCUACUCGAAUACCAAUGACCGUGCAAUCUUCGCGAGCGGCUCCCCGUUCCCGGACUACCGCGCCAAGGACGGGCGGGUGCUGCGGCCGGGGCAGGGCAACAACUCGUACAUCUUCCCGGGGCUGGCGCUCGGCAUCAUCUGCGCCGGCAUCGUCGACAUCUCCGAGGACUUCCUGCUGCUCUCCGCUGAGGCGUUAGCAGAGAUGGUUACUCAGAAAGACCUCGACCAGGGAAGCCUGUACCCUCCCCUGGAAGACAUCCAGAACUGCUCCGUCAGAAUUGCCAAGAAGCUGGUCGAGCACGCGUACAAAACAGGUAAGGCGUCGGUGCAGCCGCAGCCCCUGGACACGGAGGCGUUCAUCCGCGCUCAGAUGUACGACACGACGUACCCGGCCGCCGUGCCGCCCGUGUACAGCUGGCCCGCGGACUCCGCGCCCCGCGUCGACGCUCUCUAGUCGACCACCACGUCAUCCAAUCAACGUCGUUGUCAUUCAUUAAUGCCUCUUUCGCGACAGCUAAUGAUUAAGUAUACUUAGGCCAUCGCGAAGGAGUCUCAAUUCCUCAAGUUUAUAUUUAUUUGUAAACGAUGCGCAAGUUUCGUAGGUAUAUCUAGAAAAAGUAUUGGCGAUUUAAACUGAUCUAGAAUUAACAUUAAAAAAAAUAUCGAAAUUUUAUUAAUUAUUGAUCACGAAUUUAUCCACCUUGCCAAUUCUGUGGAUUUAAAUUGUAUUACGUACCUGCCUUCAUAUAAAAUAUAAGAUUUCCUGAUAAAUUUUCCAACCAACAAAACAUUUGAAUAAUGUAUUUUUGAGUAAGUACAUUAGAGGUCUUCAAUAUUUUUAUUUUUAUUUAAGUGGGAUAUGUAAUCAUUGUAACAAAUUCUUUAUAAUGUAUUCAAUAUCAAAAACUGCUGUGCUAUGCAUCUUCGACAGCAUUUGCUCAUAUAAAUACUAUUUAUAUCUCAUCAUUCCAUGUAAAUUUAUAUGCGAUGGAGAAUUUAUUAGAUAGCUUUGUAAAUAUUAUUUAUUUUACCUUUAACGACAAAUUGUUAAUGAAAAUUGCAUAUAAAGCAUUGUCGAACAAAAAUGGUGGCGACUUAUUGUUUUCUUUUAAGAACUUAUGGCUUCUAAAUGUUCCUUUAUGUUAAAUAAUGUGGCGUAUUUAUCUGUAAAUUUUUAAAUAAAAUUAUAACUAAAUAUUUAA